AUGGAGGGCCUGGAGGGCCUACAGGCGAAGGCUGAGCCGGGCCUGGACAAAGAGAUGCAGGAGUUAAGGAAACGACAUGCUGUGGAACUCUACAAGCUGGGCGAGGAGCACAAAGAGGAGAUCCUUUUGACCAAGGACGGAAGAAGAAGAAGAGAGGGGGGAAGCUACAGGAGGAGAGAGCUGAGGUGGAGAGGAGGCUGUCAGAGGAGUGGGAGAGGGGAGAAGGUGUGGAGUUACAGCAGAGACACGGAGGAGGCAGUGAAGGCUAGGAUAGAGGAGGUUGAGUGUCAGGUUCCAGGAGGAGAGAGCUGAGGUGGAGGAGAGCUGACGGGGAGAUGAGGGGAGUGGAGAGGGAGGAAGGUGGAGUUACAGCAGAGACACGAGGAAGCAGUGAAGGCUAGGAUUAGAGGAGGUGAGUGUCAGGUUCCAGGUGGAGAGAGAGGAGCUGGAGAUGAGACUCGCGGAGGAGUGGGAGAGGGAGAAGGUGGAGUUACAGCAGAGACACGAGGAGGCAGUGAAGGCUAGGAUAGAGGAGGUGAGUGUCAGGUUCCAGGUGGAGCGAGAGGAGCUGGAGAUGAGACUCGCGGAGGAGUGGGAGAGGGAGAAGGUUCUGUUGGACGAGCAGACUAAAGCGUCGCUGCAGACUGUGUUAGAGGAGCAGGAGAACAGGGGAGGCCAGCUCACUGAGCAGUGGGGGCUGGAACGAGCUCGGCUCCAGCAGUGUCGUGAGGUGGCUCUCCUCACCAGGUUAGCCGAGGAGCGCCGGAAGCAGCAGGAGGAGACGGAGAGGAGGCUGAGGGAGGACUGGCACAGGGAGAGACUCCAGCUAGAGGAGGACUAUGAGGGGAUGCUUCAGGAGCGGCUGCAGGAGGAGACGGAGAGGAGGCUGAGGGAGGAAUGGCACAGGGAGAGACUCCAGCUAGAGGAGGACUAUGAGGGGAUGCUUCAGGAGCGGCUGCAGGAGGAGAGGGAGAGGCUGGCGGGGGGAGGGGAGGAAGUGGAGAAGAGGUGGGGAAAGAUGAUGGAGGAGGAGAAGGAGAGGCUAAAGGAGGUCCACAGACAUGCUGUGCAGGAACUGAGUGCCAAACACAGUGAGGAGAGGGAACAGCUCAGCUGUCUACUGGAUAAACUGCGGGAGGACAUCGCUGAGAAAAGGUAAGACUGUCUAACUGUAAUGAAAUCAGCUUAUAAACUAUUUCCUUUUAUAAAUUGUUUAGGGUUUUUAGUCCCAGCAUUGACAAUUUGUCCAUUAAAACCUGCAUUCUUGAUAAAAACCAUAAUCAUGUUUACUUUAUGUCAGUGUUGUAGUACUCAAGACCCACUAUUGAGUGUCUCGGUCUUGUCUCUGUGCCGGAUACAUUUGUACUCGGCUUGACUUGGUCUCGGACAGUGAGGACUCGUAAUUUCUUCCCGAGACCAGCGCAGUAAAAAAGUCAUUAUCAGCUUCCAUUCAGUCAGCUCAUAAAACCGCUUCUCCAGGCCAAAUAAGACUCUCCUUUAUUGAACCAUUAAUAUCUUAACAGCCUUUAUAUCUAUUAUAGACAUGUUUGAUCAGUGGUGAACCUAUAGGCCUUCAGUGGUGAACCUAUAGGCCUUCAGUGGUGAACCAAUAGGCCUUCAGUGGUGAACCUAUAGGCCUUCAGUGUGUGAACCUAUAGGCCUUCAGUGGUGAACCUAUAGGCCUUCAGUGGUGAACCUAUAGGCCUUCAGUGGUGAACCUAUAGGCCUUCAGUGGUGAACCUAUAGGCCUUCAGUGUGUGAACCUAUAGGCCUUCAGUGGUGAACCUAUAGGCCUUCAGUGUGUGACAGUGGUGAACCUAUAGGCCUUCAGUGUGUGACAGUGGUGAACCUAUAGGCCUUCAGUGUGUGACAGUGGUGAACCUAUAGGCCUUCAGUGUGUGACAGGUUCGUGAUUCUGAAAGGACAGCAACCUUUUAAUAACAGCGCACUCAUGUAGGAGAGUGCACUUUUUUUGCAAAACACCAAAGGACCAGUGGUGGUGUGGAGGGUAUACUUAGGUAUUUUUCAGUGGGCGUUGCCGUAUACUCACGUCUUAAUCCCUACUGAUGCGUAUCAAAGUAGUGUAGUGGAGGGUAUACGAUUGAUCAAUGAUGUAGUACAAUAGAGAAAUCAUGCGCAAAGUAGCCUACACAAUCGCAAAGCACGUGAAAUAUAUUCACAUGGGCGCUGCACACAUAGCCUAGUUUCAGCGGAAAUACCAUCUGCAGGCAGCAAGAGUGUGCAGCUCUCAACUGGUUUUGGCAUGAAGCAGCUCACAGAAGAAUGACAUCGGUAGCCGGUAGGGCAGGAAACACAUUUCACCUUAUGAUAUCUACCGGUAAAUGCUAACUAAGGCAACAAUGGGUAUGCAAACCAGGUAUUGGAAAACGUUUAGUCCCAAAGUUAUUGGUUAGUAGGCUAUUUGUGAUGUGCAAUUAUCAUCAUGUGCUCUUUGCAUCAGGGGCGUAGACAUGGAUGGGCCUGGGUGGACAGAGACCCCACCCACUGGGGAGCCGGGCCCUGACAGGCCCACCCACUGGGGAGCCAGGCCCUGACAGGCCCAACCAAUGGGGAGCCAGGCCCUGACAGGCCCACCCACUGGGGAGCCAGGCCCUGACAGGCCCACCCACUGGGGAGCCAGGCCCUGACACGCCCACCCACUGGGGAGCCAGGCCCUGACAGGCCCACCCAAUCAGAUUGUUUUGGUCUUAGAUCAUAACAUUUUUGUAUUUUUUCUAUGUAAAAACAAAAAGGGUGCCUUUCGUUCGCUGGGCCGUUUGGGAAAUUUUAGGCAAAAUUAGAGUAUACCCACUUCUCCAGGCACCGCUACACCCCUGGAUAGGGCCGAAGGAAAGACAGCAGUCACACAGCAUGAUGUUAAAGGAUAAGCAGUCACACAGCAUGUGUUUAAAGGAUAAGCAGUCACACACAGCAUGAUGUUAAAGGAUAAGCGAUCACACAGCCAUGAUGUUAAAGGAUAAGCAGUCACACACAGCAUGAUGUUAAAGGAUAAGCAGUCACACGCAUGAUGUUAAAGGAUAAGCAGUCACACAGCAUGAUGUUAAAGGAUAGCAGUCACACACAGCAUUAUGUUAAAGGAUAAGCAGUCACACACAGCAUUAUGUUAAGGAUAAGCAGUCACACAGUAUGAUGUUAAAGGAUAAGCAGUCACACAGAUGAUGUUAAAGGAUAAGCAGUCACACAGCAUUAUGUUAAAGGAAAGCCGUCACACAGCAUGAUGUUAAAGGAUAAGCAGUCACACAGCAUGAUGUUAAAGGAUUAAGCAGUCACACAGCAUGAUGUUAAAGGAUAAGCAGUCACACAGCAUGAUGUUAAAGGAUAAGCAGUCAACAGCAUGAUGUUAAGGAUAAGCAGUCACACAGCUGAUGUUAAAGGAUAAGCAGUCACACAGCAUGAUGUUAAAAGGGUAAGCAGUCACACAGCAUUAUGUUAAAGGAUAAGCAGUCACCAAAAGCAAAGAUGUUAAAGGAUAAGCAGUCACACCAGCAUUGUGUUAAAGGAAGCAGUCACACAGCAUGAUGUUAAAGGAUAAACAGUCACACAGCAUGAUGUUAAGGAUAGCAGUCACACAGCAUGAUGUUAAGGAUAAGCAGUCACACCACAGCAUGAUGUUAAAGGAUAAGCAGUCCCCCAGCAUGAUGUUAAAGGAUAAACAGUCACACAGCAUGAUGUUAAGGAUAAGCCCGCCACACAGCAUGAUGUUAAAGGGUAAGCAGCCCCAAGCAUGAUUUUUAAAGGAUAACAGUCACCCACAUGAUGUUAAAGGAAAAAGCGUCACACGCAUGAUGUUAAAAGGAUAAGCAGUCACACAGCUGAUGUUAAAGGAUAAGCAGUCACACAGCAUGAUGUUAAGGAUAAGCAGUCACACAGCAUGAUGUUAAGGAUAAGCAGUCACACAGCAUGAUGUUAAAGGAUAAGCAGUCACACAGCAUGAUGUUUAAAGGAUAAGCAGUCACACAGCAUGAUGUUAAUUUAAAGGAUAAGCAGUCUAUAAACUCAGACAAUAAGUCAGUAGGUUUCCAAUCAUAAGAAUACAAAAACACAACCAUUAAGCAUUUCCCAAUCGAAAUGUAUAACUAUUACUUCCCAUUGCAAAAACAUUUCAAGGUUAGCGCACAAAGUUGACCCUUUGACCUAGUUUAAAGUGGACCCUGGACAGUGUUUUUAACUACUUUGCAGAGAUUAAACAUCAUAUCAGUCAAAAAUAUCAAAUUCCCAGAUUAUGCUACAAAAUCAACUUUUAUAAUAGGUUUUAUUUUUGACUCAACGUUCCACGACGUACACUAAGGCAUUAUUGGCAGAAUAGAUGGAUGCAGUUUAAUGCAUGAUUAAUAUAAUUCACCAGUACAUUUCUUGGUAGCACAACAAAUAUUGCUAUCAGGUUGUAAAUCACAGCUGACAUUAUUUGCUGCCUCCAUUCGGGAUGCACUGUUUCAGUUUCAAUGACUCAAUAUUCUGGACAAAAACGGACGAUAACUAAGGCUGGGAAUGUCAAUACAAUCAAACUAGCAAGGGCAACGAUCACAAGUCAGUCAUAACGUGGCUAAUAGGCUAGCGUGUCUAUUUAUGUAGCAAGCUAAAAACACGGAGCCUAACGUUAGCUAGCUAGCUGCUAGGAGGAUGUCAUGCCAUUUUUUUCCCCUCAUAUCGAUUUUUGGUGGCUAUACACAGCUAGAGAUGCAGGUGUCAUUUGGUUAGCUAGCAAGAACUUGAACGACUUAUCAAGCUUGCAUAUCGAUUGCGUUCGCAAAUUCACUCUGGCUAUCUACUCCGAUUUCAGAGCACUCUCGUCUGAGUGUGCCAGAGUGCAGAACAACUGAUCUUCUGUUGCUGACGUUGUUUUCCUCUGUUGGUUGUAGGCGUGAUGCGGGUCAUCUAGCAGAGGAGAACCUUCUACUCAGACAGAAGAUAUCCACGCUGAAGGAAGAGGACCCGAGAGACACCCAAGAGGAGAUGCUGUAAGAAACCUCAUGGUCCUGGGAACCAUUUUUUUGUGUUUUCCCCUACACUUCCCUGGUGUAGUGGAGAUUAAACGCAAGUAAAUGCAGUUAACCCACUUUUUUAUUUUAUUUUAUUUUUGCACAACAGUUUACCCACCUUUUGCCAAAAAAAUGCAUUGAAAGUAUAGGGAGCGUUAUUUUUUUCAACGCAACUGCCGAUCAGAGUUUAUCCACCUGAUUUUUUUUUUUUUUACCACUACAUCACUGCUAGCACUUACACACCUGAUUUUAAACUAAUUAGCUCAUCAAGCCUUUGAUUAGUGGAAUCAGGUGUGCUAGGGCUAAAACAACAAUGAUGAUCCUUUGGAUUAAGAAAUACUGAGCCCCCGUGUAGCUCAGUUGGUAGAGCGUGGUGCUUGCAAUGACAGGGUUGUGGGUUCGAUUCCCACGGGGGGGGCCAGUAUGAAAAAAAUGUAUGCACUCACUUAACUGUAAGUCGCUCUGGAUAAGAGUGUCUGCUAAAUGACAAAAAAUAACAAAUAAAUAAAAAAAUGUAUGCUACAGCUAUUUUUUUCAUUUCAUUGGGUCAUUGAACUCACACUUUCUCCUCCCCUAUCUUAGCUUGAAACUGGAGCAUUUCAGGAAGGAGAAGAUUUCUGCGCAAAGGAAGGCAGAGAGUUUCAAGAGACGGGUAGGACGAGAGUAAAACGACUAACUUUAUUAGCUAUGUUAACUUUAACUUGGUUCUAGGGGGCUGACUUGCAUUGCACUUAAGAACGUUGAUCCUUUGUGCCAACACAGGUAAUAAAUGGCAACUCUAAUAAAUCUAUAUCUGUGUCAAAAAAGGUGCCCUUUUCUCUACAUAGUGCACUACUUUUGACCAGGGAAUAGGGUGCAGGCCCUGAUUUUAAAAAGUAAGGCAUUGUAUAGUGUUAAUAACGGGAUAUGAGAAGGGAGAGUCGGCGAAUGAUCGAUUCAGACUAGGUGGUAAAUUGUAUGACAAGCGGCAGUUUAUUCAGAGUAAAAAUGUCUGGUACAAAACGUGCACGGUUCUCGUUCUUUCAGCUCAUAGGGAACUUCCAGAAAAAGCGCCAAAAAACAGUACACACAUGUUUUAUACUAUUUGUAAAGUGGGUUGAGUCUGGCAGAUCUGGUCUUCUGGUUGGUCCCUGCUCGGGCGUCGUCCUCUGUGAUUGGGUCUAGGAGGUCUACACACUGCAGCUCAGGUCCUUUGUUCCGAAUGUUUCAGCAGAGUAAAGAUUUGAUGUGUGCGUUUUAAUUAUCUGGUCUUGAGUGUGUCUGUGUGUGUGAGUGCAUUUUUGUGCAAGAUUGUGGUUGUGGUCAAAACUUGUCUUGGAAAAGGAAUUAGUUAUAGCAAUUUAAUAGCAAUAAGCUGUUUAUAAAAAUAGCAUUUAUUACAAAUCCCCCUCUACACGUCUCUUAAGACGUGUCAUAUACUAAGUAACAAAAAGAAAGGGAAACUUUCUCAGAAAGUUUUGAGUCCCCCUCUUCACGUCUCCCAGACGUGAUCCAUUAUUUAUGGUACACGAAGCAUAGUUGAAUCAGUCUUAAAAGAAAAACAAUAAUGUAGAAAAGAAAACAACACAUGAUAACGCAUAAUGCAAUUUGUAAAAAUGUUUAACCCAUUCCCCCCUCUAGCAUACUAUUAUAUGGGCAGUUAAUUAAACAAGUUAGUCCCCCUCUAGUGAGUGAACACAACAAUCAGAGUUGGUCUUCGAAAUUGCUCUAAUUGUCGUUUGUUCAGGUUUGGUAAUCAUGACAGGCCCAUCCACCUUUAAUUAUAUAAGGGAGGAUAGUCACUAUCAAAAUCGUCCAGUUCCAAAUCAUUAGUUCCCAAAAGCGGAUACAAGGCAACAUCCACAAGAACAAGUAUACCCAUAGAAGCCAUAACUUCACCCAGAAUUGUCACAACAAUAGUUUUCCAUUUACCAAAUAUGUUAUCAAACCAACCGUUUUAUGGAGCUAUCAAUACCAGAGUUCUUAACCAGUUCGUUCGCCAAGCGUGGUGAUGGUCACUCAAGCGCUUUUGUCACGGGCCCGUCCGGUGCUAUAUUGUUGGAGAUGAAAAUACAGCACAUAUAUCCAAACAGAACACCAAACCCCGUCCUUGCUCAGCCAAAAGCAUAUCGAAAAACUAUUCUAUUCUGCCAUGCCAUUAAAGCUAGUUGCCGCUGUCUGCUCAGCUAAUCCCUUUAUUGGAUCACGAGUGUGGGUUAUAAAUAUUUUGCUGGUUAUAUUAAAUAUAAUUUAUCCAAUCGAAGUUUUUAUUAAUUGUUGACCAACAAAAAAUACUUGAUUCAAAACUCAACCUGUGGUCUGAUUCCUAGCUUUGAAUUGUUUCGUAACCUCUCGAGGGUACUCCUAUCCCAUCACAGGAUCCUUUCAUCAAAGGAUCCCAGGAGGAGGUCCUACUUUCAUUUGACAACUCACCAGUCUCUGACACAUUUUAUUGGUUACAUAUGUAGUUGAGUUCACAAUCAGUUAUCACCACACAACCAUCAGAUGUCAGCACAGGCCUGGUUUGGGUCCUACAAUCCUCUGUCUGCAAACAAAUAGGAGAGAUUAGUCAUGUUUUCUUUCAGUUGUGAUAUUCUCUGUGGUAGGAGCAGAGCUAAGAUGCCCUACUCUGUAUCCUAUCUUACUAGUCCUAGAAAAACGAUUAGAAUCCCCAUGAGACUUCAAACGUUAGGCAACCUAGGUUCGGAAUGAGUUUGUUAUCGGGGUGGAUACUGAUAGUUCAAGUUACUACAAGACUCUUUCACCACAUCCCAGGUGGUUUGCAUGGGGAUAUAAACCUGUUUUGCGUACUUCAGACAUUCAGACCAGUAACCUACACUUCUAUGGGUCGCACUGCAAUUUCUGGUAAUUCCCUACCCUCACAACACUACACCUGUCCCCAAACUGUAUAUGGAGAUUUACAUAUCCCCCACGCUCUCGAUAUGGAGCAACUACAUAAUCCAGGAUGUACACGGCGACACACAUAUAGUGAUUGUCCUCCCCCUAAAGUCCUUAAUCUUCCCCUUUCCCUACGUCUAGCUGUCUCCUAUGGCCUUCAUAGACUAUGCUCAGGUAUCAUUUUAUCAACUUGUUUUAGGUUAACUACUACUUUUGGCUGAUCAGAAGGGUUUGAGUGUGUUAGGAAUAUGGCCCCCACAAUCAGACAGCUACCUACCGUCAGGAGACCUGUGAAUCCCCCACCCUUGCCCUGAGAACAUGUCAGACGCCAACCCAUUACUUUACCUUCUACCAAACUCACACAGGGUAUGAUCAGACAGGGUAAGGGAAUCUUCGUUAAGGAGGCAACCCCCGAACCAUAGUGGAUGAUCGGAUCUUUCUCCUAACUCUGUGUUUGUUCAUCAGGUGUAACUGGGUUUACCUUUUUACAGUGUGUGACAUGCACCCAGAUUGAUCUAAUAGGACUUGAUAGGCCCUUCCCACAGGCCUGCUUCCAGUUUUUCUUCUUUUAGGGACUGGAUCCACACCCAGUCUCCUGGUGUGAUAGAGUGGGUCACCUUCUCCUUUAGUUCACCUGUGGGGCACAAAACCUCUGACAUACAGGUGUGGUUAAUAAACUAUCUUCACACAUAGAUGUUGAGCUCUCAAUUUCUAUUGUUGUUUUUUUUAUUUUUACUUAAUCCUAUCAUUAUUAUUUAAUCCUAUCAAUAUUAUUUAAUCCUAUCAUUCCCCCCUUUUUGACACAUGAUUUGCCCAUGUGUCAAUAUUACCACCUUUCUAAACCAUUUCUUAUGUAAUUUAUCAUCCUAUUGCCAUGCCUUUCAUUUUUUAGAUUAUCUUUUGCUCCUUUAUUGCUCCUCCCACUUCCUUUGUCUUUUAUGGAAGCUAAAUUCAACUUUCAUCCAGUUCAGAAUCAAUUAGUAAUCCAAUCAAUCAAUCUCUUAUCUUAUAAAAACACUUAUGUUUAGUUCAAACUCUGUUCUACCCAGGCUCUCCCGGGCUUGACCUGAAGACUAAUUGUUGGACAUGACAAGUCUAUUUCUUAAGUCACCUAAGUCUUCUGUCUAGCAACAAAGAAUAAAAAUCUCUAUGUUCAUGAUUAACCCCAGUUAUAUCUAAUAGCCCACCAGAAAACCUAAUCAUCUUUAAAUCACUACCAAUGUCAUAUCCCUCGUUACUCUCUUACCAUUUGGAUAACAUCCCUGAUGUUAUGUAUGCCCUCCUUAGAGUUCCAAAUUACUUUACAUGGGCUACCAUUGCCUUCCCAUAGAUAAGAUCACUUAAUUACCCGUAUGCAGUACAUAAUGGAGUACGCAAACUUUACAGCACUUUAUCAUUACCAAUAAGCUCAUCAUUUGUUUUUUGUUUUAAACGGUUUGGCGCUCCAAAUAUAGCAGUUUUUAUGGAUGAGUUUAACAUUCUCCCCUCCUGUGUUAUAGUGUGACCUAGGUAAUGACCUCGAUUUACCAAAGUUUUUAAGUUUCUUUCUGCUCACUUUGUGUCCCUUUUCUUCCAGAAGGUUAACAAUUGAAUUGUAUCAUCCCUCUUACACAAUCCCUCCUGAGUGGGAUUAGCCAAUAGAAUAUAAUCUACAUAAUAACUAACAUUUGUUUCCUUCCCUAGGUUCAAACUUUCCCAAAUGAUUAGUUAUAGCCUGGGCAAAGAUUUGUAAGGACUUUCGAGUAGCCUUGAGGCAUCCUAGCCUAAGUCCAUUUCCUUCCCUGAAAAGUAAAGCCAAACCACCCCUAACUAUCCGGAUGAACUUGGAUGCUAAAGACAGCUUUAGCUAAAUCUAUCACUGUAAAAUAGGAGUUCUCUGGUUUCAAUUGGUUCAUCAAUGUAUGUGGAUUUUAUACACCAUGGAACUCUGGAAUGAUAUUUAUAUUAAACUAACUGUAAGUCCAUGACCAUCCUCCAGUCGGCGCUAGGUGCCCUCCUUUCUAACAGGAAAUAUUGGAGAGUUUCAUUGUACCACAUCUCCAGGAAUUAUCACCUCUCCCUUAAGUAAAUUCUCAAAUGUAGGUGUUAUCCCUUUUAUUGCUUCUGGUUUCAUAGUAUCAUUUUUGGUAUGGGUCUAUUAUUGAAUCGAGGAAUCACUUGUACUGGAGCUACCCCCUUUAGUAGUCCUACAUCUGUUGUCCUUGUGACCAUAAUUUGAACAGAAUUGCUGCUAACUCACCCUCCUGUUCCUGAGUUAAGAAAAUCUCUUCCUGUCAUCCGUUUAAAAACUUAUCUCCAGAUGGACACUGGGCUGGGUUUUUGCUCUCCCAUUUAACUUUAUUCUAUAUCUCCCAGUGGGAGUGGCCAUAACUGAUCCCCAUUUGGUAUAUUCUGCCAGUCAGUAAUGUUCUUCCCUUGUUUUAUAUAUUUACCUAGUGAUAACAUUCCUCUGAAUGUUCUUUCACUAGGACAAACAUGGGGGCUCCACCUUUCUCUGUACAGCCUCUGGCUCUGUGAACCCAUUUUAACCCAUUUGAAAAAACAACAAUCACAAAUAAGCCAGGCCUCACUCAAUUUGAUAGCUCACUUUUAUGACCUAAAUUCUGCCUAACUGAGAUAAGCUAAAUCUCUUUCUCCUAGUUAUAUUCUAAAGAUGGUAGUCCACACAAAACAUGAUAGAUAUUCCCAGUCUUAACCCAUCAAUAAUUGUUUGUAUCAUUCUAAUUCCUCCUAACUAAUCCAUAAACCACUCAAAAUUCCUCGAGUAUACUAUGAUUAUUUAAUUGAUUACCCUAACUCUGCUACAUGUGAUCUCAUCUCAAAUUAUCCAUUUAUCAAUUAUUUAUUCAACUCCCUAGGAAACCUGUCUUCCCUUCCAUUGUUCCUUUCCCUCCUGUAUAUGUCAUAUUUUGAGUUUUUAGCCAAUACAAUCACAGUUACAUCAAAUGUUCCCUCAUUUAAUGGUAUUUUCUUCCUAAUAUAACUUCCCUGAAUGAGAUUAAAUCCACCUGGUCUUCCUCUACUAUCCUUAUAUCAUUACUGGAUCAAUGAUAAUAACCGUAACAACUAUCAACAACAAUUGUAAUAACUAAUUCACAUUAAAUUGUGUAUUUUUUUCUGAUUAUGCUACAAUUGUAGCCUAUUUAUCACCCCAGUCCAAAAUAUAAGUUUAUGUAACAACCCCUAACCCCUACAGGGUUGCGCCAUUCCCCCCCACAAAAGCCAUGCAUAUUUUUCCUCCAAAAAAAAUUAUCGUUUUUAAAAUGGUCCCUCUAUCUUUUUUUCCCGCUAACCCCCUUUCAGUUUUCUAUUCAAAGAUUUAACUGUUUUCUCUGAUUUGCCCCCAAUUAAAAAACAAAAAAGGGGUAGUUUGGUCGCAAACCUUAAUGACAUUUAUCAUCUAACUAUACGUCUCUCACCCCCUUGUCCUUCGGGGAGACGCAUGGGAACCUUAACAUAUUUUUAUAACUUUUCUAGAAUACUUUUAUUAAAUAUUAUUCAAACCCUUUAAUAUAAUCUAGGUAUAUAGCCCACUUGAAAAACUUUUUUUACUGUCCCCACCUGUUUCAACCGGGGCAAAAGCCAGUCACUUCGCAAUAUCUGCGAUGCUCUCAAAAGUACACUUCCAGUUCAUGGAAAAGGGGUCCCAAAAUGAAAAUCGCAGUAGCUUUCACCUCAGCAAAAACUAUCUCUCUCUCACUGCUUAUUUCCCCUUUACACAACCUUAUGUAUCUGUUUUAAGCAUGGAUUCGAGUUUAUCUGCGUCCAGACGUCCCUCAAAACCAUACCUCUCCCUCCACCUGGUUAUAUAAUGGAGAUUUCUUCUAUCCCUGGAUUCAUUUUAAUUACAUCAAGCAUUUCUCGUCCCCAGUAAAUUCUGGGACCUAUUGUGAGGAUUUCCCCCCCCCCUGGGUUGGUACUGUUAAAAAUCCCUUAGCCACCUCUUCUAUAUUACAAGUCAAUUUAACAAGAAAUUCAAAAUAGCUUCACACAACAACACCUCAUAAGGAGUGCCCAGCAGGAGUCCAAUUCCUAUCAGAAACAUACAUACAAACAUUCAGACACUCCCAAUCUCUCCAGGGGGAAAAAGUUAUCCUUCUCCUGAGUGAGAUUGUUGUUCCCAUAAGGGUUUCUUCUCAUUUUGUUGUCAGGAUUGGUUCUCGCUGCUCAAAUCAGCUCUUACUUCAGACAAUGGUCUGGAAGGAGUGGGGGCUGGUGUGCAGUGUGUUAGAUGGUGCCAGGGUGCUCCUGAUUUACCUCUGACCUGGACUGAGUGUGAAGUAACCUCCUUCACUUCGUACGGUCCAGUCCACCUGGGUUCCAGCCACUUUCUUUUGUGGACUUUCACCCUCACCCAGUCUCCCAUUUUUACCUUCAGUGGUGGCGUGUUACCCGUCAGCUCCCCCUCUUGGGCCUUCUACACCUGA